AUGCGCCCUAAGUGCUUUAGAAAAGAGGAUAGAGGGUCAGAGCUCUGGAAGAAAAUGAAAAGGAGUCGUGAGGAGGAUGAGGAAAAAUCAAAAUCAGAGCAGCAGAGGAUUAUCAAAAAAGCUAAAAAAUCAGCAGAGAAUAUUGAGGAGAAUAAAAAGAUUGGAGAAGAGAGUAGGAAGGAAAGAAAAGAACAAGUAGAAAAGAGGGAAAUUCAGAGGAAAAGAUCAAGGAGCCCAGAUAACAGCGCAGUGGGAGUUGUUAAUGCGAUUUCUUCCCAACAGGAGAAGGAAGCAGCAGCAGCAGCAGAAAGAGACCCUGUGUCCCAGCCACAAGCUGUGCCCCACUCAACAUCAACUGCUUCAGGUUCCACACUGAGCUGGGAAAUGGUCUGGUUGGCUUCUUGGACCAGCAGGCAACAGCGCGUAGCAAUUAAGGUCAUACCAAAGGCCUCGCAGGUUGAGACGGAAGCCCGAGUGCUACGCAUUGCUAAAGGCAGCCCUUUCCUUUGUCACGCCUAUGGGGCCUUUCAAUCACAGAACCAUGCCUAUAUCAUCCUGGAGUACAUCAGAGGGGGCACUCUUAUGGCUGGGAUGAGGAAAGCAGGGCACCUGGAGGAAGACGCCAUUGCUGACCUGAAACCAGCUAACAUUAUGUUAAACCAUGAAAGCCACAUAAAAAUAGUCGACUUCGGUUUGGCAAAGGAAAACAUCUCCGGGAACGACACCACCACAGGCCAGGCUGGAACACCUCGCUAUAUGGCACCGGAGGUGAUCGAAGGAAAAGAGUAUAAUGCAGCAGCUGAUUGGUGGUCAUUGGGUAUCAUCAUCUACCAAAUGGCCACCUACACAUUCCCAUUUACCAGCCCAAUGGGGAAACAACUUUCACCACUCACAGACGAGCCCUUUUAUCCCAGCUGGCUCAGUGAUGAACUGGUGGACCUCCUGCAAGCGCUAUUGGAGAAAGACCAUCAUCUUCGUCUUGGCACAACCGGGAAGAUCAGGGAGCACCCUUUCUUUCGUUGUAUUGACUGGGUGAAACUGGAAAAUCGCCAACUAACACCACCUUUCCAGCUAGCAGUGCGAUCAGUUGAGAACUUCAGGGACUCUGAAGGAGAGUCACCAUUUUUUUCAGGAAAAAAAUUCUUGAACAAAAGAAACAGAGUCCUAGAGGAGUUCUCCUUCCUGGAUCCCGACUUGCAGGAGUGA